GGGCGGAUUUAUAGAUGAUUAGUUUAUUGUUUUUGCCAAACGAUUCGUGUUUCGUGGAUUUUCAGGGGCUAUGAGCAGUGCGAAUAACUGAUUUUUUUAUUGUUUGUUGCAUUAUUAGAGGAUAGCACGUUAAAACGUUCCGUGUAAUCCUGGCUAAACCAUUUGAAUUCAUUGAAUCAUACGGAUGUUUGCGUAGAGACAGUGAAUAUAAUAGCUGACUCUUUUAUAGUUACUCGUUUUGGUAAAUAGAAGUUUGUUUUGAGUAAUGUAAUCUCAAACUCAGUUGCGCAUGCCAUUUAAACAACGAGUCAGGUUGGCUUAUAUGCGCUAGUCCUGAUUGACGUCUCACAGUCAUGAAACGUCACUUUUAUAAAUAAUUGAAAACAUUUUUGAUUACACUUUUUUUCGAUUUUUUCAUAUAUAAACGAAAGUGAAUUCAGGAUUUUGGCUCUAAAGUGGUGGUUUCAAACAAUCGCGAACACCUUCCGCAGUUUAUUGCAUUGAAACUGUAAAGAAGCAUCAAUAGGCAGGAAAACGCCCAGCAGCUUGUUUAUUUUUAGUUCGAAACUCGACAAAUUAAUUGUGUCUCCCAAUGGAGGAUAUUUUCCAGUGGUGCAAAGAGGGAAAUGCUCUCCAGGUGCGGGUUUGGCUGGACGAUCCCGAACAUGACAUGAACCAGGGUGACGACCAUGGCUUCAGCCCCUUACAUUGGGCCAGCAUGAAGGGACAUAUCAAACUAGUGGAAAUGCUGUUACUCAGAGGCGCCCGAGUUAAUGCCACCAAUAUGGGCGAUGAUACGCCUUUACACUUGGCUGUAGCCAAUGGGCACAAGGAAAUAGUGGGAAUACUGCUUCGACAAAGGUCAGAUCUGAACUUUACAAACGAACACGGAAACUCACCGCUUCAUUACGCCUGUUUCUGGGGCUACGCCAACAUAGCUGAAGAGCUGGUGCAUCAAGGAGCCAAAGUGUCCAUCGCCAACAAGUACGGCGACACUCCUCUGGACAAAACCCGAGGCAAUUUGGCGAAGGUUCUGCACGACAUCGCCAUAGAAAACGGGCAGGAUCUGAAGAAGAUUAAGUUCAAAGAUCAGAGCUGGUUGGGCAUGAAGACGCGGUCCAGGGACGCCACCCUUUCCCGUCACAAAGGCAUCAAUUUUAAGGACUUGGACCUGAAGCAGAUGGUAGCGGACACGCACAGCGGGACCACUUAUAGGGGCCGCUGGCAAAACAACGAUAUCGUGGCCAAGAUUUUAAAAGUGCGCGACAUCACUGCUCGAAUAUCUAGGGAUUUCAACGAGGAAUUUCCCAAAUUGAGGAUAUUCUCGCAUCCCAAUAUCCUGCCAGUUAUCGGGUGCUGCAACCAGAAGCUGGUGGUCAUCAGUCAGUACAUGCCUUUAGGUUCCCUUUACGAUGUUUUGCAUGAGGGAAGCGGUGGAAUAGUGGUGGAUAACGCACAAGCCCUAAAGUUUGCCAUAGACAUUGCCCGAGGCAUGGCCUUUUUGCACAGUUUGGAGCGAACGAUUCCCGAAUAUUUCCUCAACAGUCGCCAUGUGAUCAUUGAGGAGGACUUGACGGCGCGACUGAACAUGGCAGACGCGAAAUUUUCGUUCCAGGAAAAGGGCAGGAUCUACUAUCCAGCCUGGAUGUCGCCGGAGGCGCUGCAGAAAAAAAUAACCGAUAGAAACUGGGAAGCUUCCGAUAUGUGGAGCUUUGCGAUUUUGCUGUGGGAGUUGGCUACUAGAGAGGUGCCAUUUCCCGACCAGAGUCCCAUGGAGGUUGGGAUGAGGAUCGCGCUUGAAGGGCUGCGUAUCAGCCUGAAACCGGGCAUUUCUCCGCAUUUGUCCAAGCUGAUCAGAAUCUGCAUGAACGAAGACCCGGGCAAAAGACCCAAAUUCGACAUGGUGGUACCCAUUUUGGAUAAAAUGACUCGCUAGUCGUCCACACAAUCGGAAAAAUGUAGUUGGGAAAGUUACAAGUGCAAUUUAAAAAUGGGGCACCAACUACAUCUUGUGUUUCACAAGCAUGUGUUCAUUUCGUUUUUCACUUUACUAGACCGAUAAGUUCCAAUCUGAUAUUUCUCUGUUUGUCUGCUAUCGACGCAAGUUGCGAAACAUUUGUGUGCGAAAAGUGGGCGAGUGUAGAGAGUUUGAUGCUUAAAAAUCCAAAAAUUCUUGAAUAGACCAGUAGAGAAGCUUAUCGACGAUUACUAAGUGCCUUCUAGUGCCUUUAACACACUGUAGACUAUUAACUAAUUAAUUGUGUAGACACUUUGUACGUUUUUUAAAUCAAUCGCGUUUAACUUUUUAGAUUAGUUAGAUGCGAUGUUAUUUUUGUAACUUAUUAAUUUAUUAAAUCGGUGUAUGUUUGAAUAAUGUGUUCGUCCGUUGUAUAAAGAUAAUAAAAACCUAUAACAUUU